AUGAACAACACAUCCCCUUCUCCUCUUUUGUCUUACAAAGGGGAGAAGCAAAAACAACAACAAUUUUCCUUUCCUCCACACAAUUUUGUUAUUGAUAUUGUUACCCAACAACAAACAAUACAAAAUUCUGGCAAAAAACGUCAGCAUCGAAAAAUAAAUGAAUUAAUCCCCAUCCGAUUUGUUAUUUUGGCAGUUUCUCUAUUUUGUUUGUCAAUAUUAAUUGCCAAUCCCUUGGCACUUAAUUUUACAGUUAUUUGUAUGUAUAAAGAAGUGAAAAUGGUGAAUAAUGAGGGACUAACUGUGAAUUUUUUAUAUUUUAAAAUUUAUAGAUUGGUGGGAAGUAGAGAUCUGGUAUUUUCAAAAAUCCUGUAUAUGGAUCUAAGUUAG